AUGAGAAGAGUAAAUAAGGUGAUCCAAUAAAAUAUUUGUAAUCAUAUGAGACGACAAAACUUGCACAGAGCUAACAAUCGCUUUGCGACCAACACUUGUGCUGAAUUUCAAGAAGCAAAUGGCAAUCCAAUAUUCGGGUACGAACAUGUGCCUGUGAAAUCACUAGAAAAUGCAGUAAAAGGUGUCGUCCAUAUCGUGCCUAAAGUGGGAGAAUAUGUCAAUGAAGCCAUGAAAAAACGUAGACAAAAUACACAUUUAACAAGAGAUGAAUCAGCAUCAAUCUAUCUUUAUACAAUGCCAGUGGACUUCUUCCAGCGUCUUAACGAAGCGCUUCGUUUCAAGAAUCCAGAAGCAU